AUGUCGCCACAGAACGCUUAUGUUUCCGGAAUGCAAACCGACCUUGGCUUACACGGUAACGAGUUGAAUUACAUUACGACCGCGUGGACAUGCGGCUAUGUUAUUGGGCAAAUACCGUCCAACAUGCUAGUGACUCGUAUCCGUCCAUCAAUAUGGAUCCCGCUCAUGGAGGUUAUCUGGAGUGUUCUUACUAUGACUCUCGCAUCAGCCAAGAACUUCAGGACCCUUGUCGCUAUCAGGUUCUUUGUUGGUCUGGCUGAAUCGACGUUUUAUCCCUCUAUCCAAUAUGUUAUUGGUAGUUGGUAUAAGCCAGACGAGCUAGGCAAGCGAGCAUGCAUAUUUCAUACCGCCAGUGCAAUCGGGCCGAUGAUAAGCGGCUUCCUUCAAGCUGGUGCGUAUGAUGGGCUAAAUGGUAAAUAUGGUCUUGCGGGAUGGAAAUGGCUGUUCAUCAUCGAUGGAAUCAUUACUGUUCCAAUCGCAUUUCUCGGGUUCCUUAUUAUGCCCGACCUCCCUUCGAACACGCCUGCGGGUUAUUUGUACACAGAAGACGAAAUUCAGCUGGCCCGACGCAGGAUGGAGGAGAUAGGGAGGAAACCUCCAUCCCGCUAUACGAAGAAGAAAAUUAUAGGGUUCUUCUCUACUUGGCAUGUGUACUUGUGCACCUUGCUAUAUGUCUUGUUCAACAACGGUAGUAACCCCGCAACGUCCAUGAUUUUCUGGCUGCAGAGCUUUAAUACGCCAGGGCAUCAAGUUUUCACUGUCGCACAAAUCAAUACAUAUCCGAUUCCAAUGUACGCUGUCCAAGUAGUGACAACAUUGGCGUGGGCAUGGUGGUCAGACGCCGUGAAGGCGCGCUGGCCACCUAUGAUUUUUGCGGGGACAUGGAGCAUGAUAACAUGCAUUAUAUUGGCUGCCAGUCCUCUCUACGAACAUGUAGCAAGACGCUGGGUGUUCUACUAUUUUACGCUGGUGACUGGCGGAUUAUCCGGAUUGAUUCUAGCGUGGGCGAAUGAGUUAACAGGACACGACAGCGAAAAACGAGCAUUCGUUAUCGGGUGUUGCAACACCUUUGCUUAUGUCGUACAGACUUGGCUUCCUAUUGUACUGUUUCCUCAAGAAGAGCAGCCCCGCGUCUUCAAAGGAACUGUUGCUACCGCAGGUAUUAACUUUGCGAUGAUGUGCACCGCACUUCUUGUUCUCUUCUUGUCGCGCCGAGACGCUCGCAGAGCCGCAGCAGCUCAAUGGCAGGCCGACGUUGCCAGAGAGGAGAUUCUGGGUGGGAAUCAGCUCGGAGUUGCAGAGGACAACGACUCGAAGGACGAUGGAAAGGUGCACGAGUUUGAAUUGGUAGACGGGGAAGUGAUUUUGUAA